UGUUAUUGAAACACGUGUGAUUUGUUUUCGUGUGAGCCGAGUUUGAUUAUUUUCAUACUCAACAAAUUAAUUGUUUCUGAAUUUUUAAAGUUAAUUAUUAUUAAUUUAUUUAUCUGAUACGAACAAGAAUUUAAAAAUGGUGAAGAGAAAAAUUCCCACUCGCAAACACAGGGGUGUGAAAGACCCAGAGAAACAAGCGGCUGCUCGAUUUGCAAGCAUCAAGGAUAAGGUCAACAACCCACCGUCGUCGGCUGACGACCAGUUUAUUCCUAGGAGAAUUUUGGAGUUGAAGUCUCAGAUCGAGAAGGUGAAAAACAGGGUUCCCAAGAAGAAGACCAAAACCAAGUCUGAUGGGUUGAUCGACACCGCCGUAUUUGCGAGCAAAGAAAUAAAAAUCCCAGGCAUGAAAAGGAAAGAAAAGCCGAUCCACAAUUUCAAGCAGAUGCCUGGCGAGGAUGGAAACGCCUUCUUGCGGAGAAUUCAGAGGAAAUGCCAGGAAGUUAUUCAUGAAUCCAAGUUUGAAGACAAAUUUGAUGUUGAAGUUCAGCGAAAUGCAGACACUGGUCGAAUCGAAUCAGUAGACAAAUUGAGCAUUGCCGAUGCCAAGUUCCUGAAAGAUUUGACGCCUCACAACAAAACUAGGAAAGCCAGCGCCCAGUCUAUGGAAAAGAAAAAGGCUAGGUUGCAAAAGUUGAAAGAGAAAAAGCAGUUGAAGAAGACGGUGAAGGUCGAUGACGAAUUUGCCAAGUACAAGGACAAAGUUGAAUUCGGCGAAGUUGCUCACGAACCUCCCAAACUCACAACUUUGCCCAGAAGGGCUGAAGAAACCGGAAAGCCUGGAAAAAGGGACCUUCUCUUGAAGGGAAUGUUUGGCAGUGAAGAGAAAGUGGAAAUGUUAUCAGUGUUCGAUAGAAAAUUGAAAACUGAUGGCGCCAAGGUCGGUAAAAAGAAGAAGAAAAAUGAAAAAGGAUUUGCGGAGAAGAUACGGCUCGAGGCUCAGAGGGUGGCUGCAGUCGACGCCUACAGGCAAAUGAAAGCCAGAAACCAAGCAAAGAACAAAGCUAGUUAGCCAUGAAGGUAAUUUGUAAAUCAAUAAAUCUGUAUUCCUUUCAAAUGGAAGCUAAUUCUUAAAUUAGUACCUUGAAAAUUUACAAAGCAAUUGCAAAAUAUAUUCAUUUUUCCUCAAACUUGUGGAUGGGAAGUCUUGGGAGAAGUUAAAACAAUUUGCGAGCUUGUAUGAGGAGAUUAUUAUUGUUGUGUGAACUAUUUUAUAAUGCGCAGUAGUUAUUGAGUUGUAGGAUAUUUGCAGUUCUGUUAAACCAACGGAACUAACCAUGUUUAGCGUUUAAAUUCAAAUUGCUUCAAAUAUUAGAAUUAUAAAAUCAAACAUACAAUUUACUUUAAAAUUCAACGCAAUUUCUGAUUCCUAUAAAUUUAAAAAAGUAGCUAUUUUUCUCCCA